CCAAUGUAUUUGCACGUGAUGCAUAGCAUCACCGAAUUGCAGCAAAAUUGUGUGUAAUUGCAUAAAUUUAUAUUAUACAUAUAUAAUGUAAUAUUUAUAGUUUAAUUUUAGAUACACUAGUUGGUGAAUAAACAUUGAUGUAUGCAUAUUAAAGAUUCAUUUAAAACUUCAUUUAAAAAGUUGAAUCUUGUAACUAUCAUAUAAUGUAAUCUAUUACAAUGUAUCGUGCAAAUCAAAAUGGGCAACCCCAAAGGGCAAAUGCUGAACCUAUUCAUCAGAAUCGAGUCAAUGGAAGACAGCCUGCUGCAAUAAAUGUUCCAUUGACAGUUUCUGAACAAUUUAGAGAAUCAUGGCUUACUGCUAUUAUUGGACUAAUUAUGUUUGCAACUGGCAUGUGCCUUUUAUUUUGGAAUGAGGGAAGGGCAGUAAAAGUAGCACAUUCUUUGGAUGAAGCUUUGCGUAAUGUAGCAGUACUUCCAAAUGCAAUGAAAUUGUUACCUGAAUAUGAAGGACGUUUGAUAUAUUUAUCAGGAGCCUUAAAAAUAUCAGAACCAUUGACUGAACCGGAUUAUGGAGUGAUUGUAUCAAGUGUAAAAUUAAAACGAAGGGUUCAAAUGUAUCAAUGGGUUGAGAUAGAAGAAGAACGAAGUUUUGGUGGAGUAACAGAGGAUGAAAAACAUUAUUAUUAUACAACAGAGUGGAAAGAUAAACUUGUUGACUCAGAUAGUUUCUAUAUCAGAACUGGCCAUCAUAACCCAAAAGAAAUGCCUAUUAAAAGUCAGGUGCAAAUUGCAGAUGAAGUUAAAAUUGGAGCAUUUACUCUUGGAAUUGAGUUAAAAAAGAAAUUUAAUGAUUUUGUAGAAGUUACCAGUGAUGAAAGACCAGAACGUAAAGAUAUUAAGAUGCAUUCUGGCUUGUACUAUCAUAGCUCUGAUUUAUGGAACCCACAGGUAGGAGACAUACGAAUACAAUUUUCAUAUGCAGGGAAAGGUGGAGAUAUAUAUUCUAUAGUUGGUAUGUUACAAAAGGGAACUAUCGUACCAUAUAUUACAUCACAUGGUGAGGAGAUUUUACUUCAGAGGAAACAUGAAAUGUCAGUAGAUCAAAUGUUUCAUCUAGAACAUGUACAUAAUUACUGGCGUACAUGGAGUAUUAGGGGACUUGGCUGGUUGGUUCUAUUUUUGGCAGCUACAUGUUUAGCAAAUAUAUUGAGAACAGUAAUCUUAAAUUCAACGUUCUUGUGUGGAAUUAUUGCAGUUGAAUCUUUAACAAUGUCAGUAUCAAUGUCCAUUAGCUUAUUGGUAAUUGGUUUUGCUUGGGUAUGGUAUCGGCCAGUAAUAGGUCUUUGUCUAGCAUUAGCAUCAAUUUUACCAUUUAUUUAUUCUACCUUAACAUCAGGAUCUCAAUCACAACAGCGUGAUAGUUAUAGAAGACUGUAAAUUUUGCUUGUUGAUAUUUAUUAAUUUAUGAAAUUUGUUUGCUACACUUUUAUUUAUUUUAUAACAAUUUAAUAAAACAGUAUU